CGUUUUCACCGCGACACCUACUUCCGCUCGGUGCAGUCUGUCCACAACAACAAGGAGGUUAUACCAAUUCUCGCCAUAGUGGUUUUUAAUAAGAAAAACCAUCUACUGCUCGCUGCUACAUGAACACUGCUGAAUAAAGGGCCCGGCUAUGUAGUGAAACAAAAGAAAUUAAAGGUCAAUGAGACAAAGGGAUAAACAUUAUGACAGAGCAGGAUGAACGUGGGUGUGGCGCACAGUGAGGUGAACCCAAACACUCGCGUGAUGAACAGCCGGGGGAUCUGGCUGACCUACGCCCUGGGUGUCGGGGUUCUGCACAUCGUGCUGCUCAGCAUACCCUUCUUCAGCGUCCCUGUGGUCUGGACUCUAACCAACGUCAUACACAACCUGGGCAUGUACGUGUUCAUGCACGCCGUCAAAGGAACGCCCUUCGAGACGCCGGACCAGGGCAAGGCGCGCCUCCUCACCCACUGGGAGCAGCUGGACUACGGCGUGCAGUUCACCUCCUCCAGGAAGUUCUUCACCAUCUCCCCCAUCAUCCUGUACUUCCUGGCCAGCUUCUACACCAAGUACGACACGGUGCACUUCGUGGUGAACACGGCGUCGCUGCUCAGCGUCCUCAUCCCUAAGCUGCCUCAGCUGCACGGCGUCCGCAUCCUGGGCAUCAACAAGUACUGACGGCGCCGCUGAGCCGCCUUUAGUUAGCACAACCCAGACCGUAGGACACCAUGCGCAUCGGUAACUUAUGUGAGUAUUUAAGGCGGCCGGCGGGCCCGCAGAGCCGGGCUGGCCCGGGUUCUGCUCGGGUUCUGGUCGACUUUAACCCGCCUUCCUCUCGUGGCCCGUUUGGUCCCACGCCGCCGCAGACCGAGUGCCGAAGUAUUUCUUCCUGCGGAGAUGUUUACUUUGUGUCGGUACCGCCUGGUUCCAUCUGGGCCGGGCGCUGGAGCCACUCCUCAUCUUCUGCAUGAUUCCCCCGACCGGACCGGAGCGGAGCGGCCCGCUUUUAUUUUCCAGUGUUGGUGGAUGUUUGUCUCUGUGUAGAGAUGUGAAAUUACUGUGAACUGUUUACUGGGGGGGGGGGUGCUGCCGUCUCCAUGGAAACACCGCAGCCGCCCGCCGGCCGGGUCCGGGUCAGAACCUUUGGCCCAAAGCUGACGGGGAGGUUUGUGGUUCCUGAUGUGUAAUAAAAUGUUUUGUUCCCUCAGG